AAUUCCUUUAUACCUAAAGGAUUUUUAAGAAAUUCCAUUUACAACACAUUAUUCUAGGGCUAAAUAAUAACAACAGCAUAAAAAAUGGAUAUAACACAUUUGUUUAAGGCCGGAGUUAUGACGGUGAAGCUGCAGCGCAAAGGAGAAUUGGAUCCCAAACGAAUAUUGCCCAAAUCUUCCGCAAACUCGAAUGGUCAAAGGGAUGAAUUUGCCAAGCAGGCCAAGGAGGUGUGCAAUAAAAUCACUACUUUGCGCAAUGUUUUAAUAGAAAAUCGUUCGGCUUACAUGAAAAUUGGACAACAUUUGAAAAGUGCUGCACAAAUGACCGAUCAACAGAGGGAUCUUAUUGACCGGGAAUCGGAAAAGUUUGUUACAUUCUACACCCAAUACCUAGGACAAAUGCGUAAUGAUUGGAAAAAGUCCAAGAGAAAGCCUCAACAACGCCAGCACAUAGAAGCGGUAAUAGAGCUAUUGUCGUCAUAUUUAAAGGCUGUGCAAAAUAUUUAUUUGGAACAGAAAAAGUAUCGUGUACAACAUGAGCUGGAAACAUAUCGUUUACUUAAGCUGGCCUCAGAUAAAAAGAAAAUCCCUGUCAGGCCGGUAGGGGAAGAGAGGUCACGAAAGACCUCCACUGUCUCAUCAACAUCAAGUAAGGACUUGCAAGUAGAUCAUGAAAUGUCGACAAAUAAUGAUAUUGCAGAGGGCUGGGAUUUAGACGAUGAUGAUAUAACAGCUCCCAGCUCAACCAAUAGAAUAGGAGAAGAAUCUCCAACUCUGCGCAAUACAUCAGCUUCAGUUGUUGCAGAUUCAAAGGCUCAAGUAGCCUUGGACGAAGACAUGCAAAAAUCUCAACAACUGGUAGAUGAAGCGGAGAAAUCCCUCAGUCCCGAAGAUGUGCAAAUGUUUGAGGAGGAAAAUGUACAACUGUAUCAUGAGUUGCAGGGUCUGUCCGAGGAAGUAGAGGCUAUAGAAAAGAAUGUUGUGGACAUAGCUACAUUACAAGACAUAUUUACGGAAAAGGUUACUUUGCAACAACACAAUAUCGAUCGUAUUGUUAAUGCGGUAGUGGGUGCAACGGAAAAUGUUAAAGAUGCAAAUGAACAAAUCAAACAGGCCAUACAACGUAAUGCUGGUCUACGUGUUUGGUCCUUAUUUUUCCUAUUAGUAAUGUCGUUUGCCUUGCUAUUUUUGGAUUGGUACUAUGAUUAAGAAGAAUUUACUGCUAUAUUGGGUGAAAACAAACCUACUGUAUAGUUUUUAAUAAUUGUUGCAGUCUAUGUUUACGUGAGCAUAAAAUUUUUAUGACAUUUAUAUGUGUGUUUUUCGUUUUUGAUACUGCUUUAGCUUUUUAAGUAAAUGGAAAUGUACUAUGUAAUAAUUAUUAACAAUGUUGUUUUGAAAAUAUUCCUUUUUUUAUAAAUAGAUAAAAAAAAAUAUACAUAAAAAUAUAUAACGAAAUAAUAAAAAUAUGCCCAUUACGAUUUAAGGCAAAUUUAAUUGAUUAA